AUGCACGAGGAAAAGCAGGGCAUGAAGCGAGCGAAUAAGGUGAGAGCUGGAGCCGAGGAGGGUGCAGAGCCAAGAGCACAGGCGAAUGAGGCAAGGGGACGUGGUGAGGAGACAGGAAAAAGAAAAGAAAGGUUAGACAAAAGAGCAUGGCCAGCCCUGUCCAUUUCAGUAGCUCUUUCAGCUCAACCAACGGGACCAGUAGGCGCUCGUAUUCUGGCACCCUGUUUUGUGAUCCUGAUGUGGUAA